AUGUGAUCUUGAGAACAGAACGUCAAGAAGCCCAUUCAUCCACCUCCCACAUUGGCUUAGCAGAUCAAUUAGUGGUACUGGUGAUUUGGUGAAUCCACCAACACUCCUCCAUCCCUCCAUAGCCUAGGUUUUCCAACCAUGCGAUUCUCCCCGCAUCUCCGCCGUCUUCUCCACCUCCGCCACUUCUCCACUCCAUCAUUUCGCCCUCCUCCACCCUCUCUCACUGCCCUAAAACCCCAUUUCACACCCCCAUCAAAACCCCACCACCUCCCUUCACUCCUCCCUUUUCCCCUCAGAUCGUUCACCACCCAACCUUCUCAAACGUCCCAGGACAAUGACCAAAUUUCCCUUUCUCUCUCCUCCGAACUCCUUAAACCCUCCGACCAACCCGACUCCCUCUCCCUCUCGCAACGCUUAGACCUCUCAUUCUCUCACAUUACUCUCUCUCCUUCCCUGAUUCUUCAAACGCUCAACAAAUCAUCCGACGCCGGUCGCAAUGCUUUCGAUUUCUUCAAAUGGGUAUCCUCUAAAUCCCCCGAUUUCCAGCUCACUGAUGAGGUAUACUCUUUAUUCGUUGAUUAUUUUGGUCGUAGGAAGGAUUUUAAGAUCAUUCAUGAUAUUCUUGUUGGUGGGAAAGGUGUCAUUGGGUCUAAAACUUUCGCUGCGUCGAUCGACCGCCUCGUUCGAGCCGGUAGAGCGACGCAGGCAGUCUCGUUUUUUGAUAGGAUGGAGAAUGAAUACGGCAUAGUUAGGGAUAGGAAAUCGUUAGAUUAUAUUGUUACUAAACUUUGUGAACACAAGUAUCCUAAUUAUGCUGAGAAAAUGGUUAAGAACCUUGCUAAUGAGUUUUUCCCUAAUGAGUAUGUGUGUGAUGUGUUGAUCAAAGGGUGGUGUGUUGAUGGGAAACUUGAGGAGGCUAGAAGGUUAGCCAGGGAGAUGUACAGGGGUGGGUUCGAGCUAGGAACAGUGGCUUAUAAUUCAAUCCUUAAUUGUAUUUGUAAGCUUUGUAGGGAGAAGGACCCUUCUCGGCUUCAGUCUGAAGCUGAUGAUGUUUUAGUUGAUAUGGAUGCGGCUGGUGUGCCGCGAAACACUGAGACCUUUAAUGUGCUGUUGUCGAAUUUGUGUAAGAUUCGUAAAACUGAGGAUGCUAUGAAGUUGUUUCAUAGGAUGGGUGAGUGGGGGUGCUACCCUAAUGCCACCACGUUUCUUAUACUCACUAGGAGUUUGUAUCAGGCUGCUAGGAUUGGGGAGGGAGAUGAGAUGAUUGAUAGGAUGAAAUCAGCUGGAUUUGGUGAUUGUCUUGAUAAAAAGGCUUACUUUGGUUUUUUGAAGAUCCUUUGUGGAAUUGAGAGGAUUAAUCCUGCUUUAAAUGUGUUUGCUAAGAUGAAAGCGGAUGGAUGUAAACCGGGGGUCCAGACUUAUGACUUAUUGGUUAGAAAGUUGUAUGCUCAUGGUCGUGUUGAAAAGGCUAAGGCUCUUUUCAGUGAAGCUGUUUGUAAUGAGGUUCCAGUCCAGUCUAAGGAUUAUAAGGUAGAUCCUAGAUUUGUAAAGAAGACGAAGGUUGUCAAGAAGAAGGGUAAGAAGCGGCUCACAUUGCCUGAGAAGACGGUGUUGAAAAGGAAAAACCUCAGGAAGCACAAUUUGAGUUUUGUAAAGAAGCCAAAAAAGAUGAUGCAGAGGAUGCAAUGAUCUAGUUUUUGUUCAGUUGCUUUAUGGUUCAUGGCUCGAAUACACAUGGUGCUAAGCCACCCCAUAUGCUUUUACCUCUCAACGCGGUUAAUUUGCCAUGUAGGGAGAUAAGGAGGUCAGUGGUUGAACGCGAUCAACAUUCCUAUCAGAAGAUAUCUCGUGCUUAAUUGUGGUGAAGAAUGAUAAAUGAUUCAACUGAUUUGUUUCACUAAAGCAUCUUCGUUUUAGACGAGUGCAACGUAGGCUAUUACUGUGAAGGCCCUGGUACAAUAUUUUGCUUGUUUAUCUGCAAUGUCUCACAUUCUCACUUUAACCACUUGUGUUGAGGUGAAUAGUUGGGUUUCUGUAGCAUUUCAGUUUUAUCAGACUACCCAGGGUUUGUAUGCCAGUGUUAGGGCUGCAAAUGAGCUGUGUUGAGCCAAGUAUUAACCUUAUCGAGCUGAGCUUGUUAAGAAUAUCUGGUGUUUAAGCAAGCUCGAGCUUGAACGAACUUCGAAUAAAUGCAUAAUCAUAAAAAAAAAUCUUAGACUAUUGGAAAA